AUGAAUCGCUGCUCUCAAUCUGCUGCUGCCCGGCGCUCGUCUCGGUCACGCGCCGCUGUUGUCGGCUCUCCGGCACUGCUCUCGGUCCAUCGGAAACGGUUUCUCAGCCGCCGAGCCGUUUCGGGUCGCCUCAGCAACGCUCGGACCUUGCCAGCCGUGUCUCGCCUGCUCGCAGCCGUUGGGCACGACUCUUUACUUUCGAUGUUGAACGUGUUGAACUCAUCGAUUCUCGUCUCUGUCACGGACAGCUCAGCCUCCUUCACUUGGUCCCUAGGCUGGCGGCUCUCAGUCGCCGGCGGCUGGUCUUUUCAGACGAGGAAGAUGAUGGAAAAAUAA